AUGGAGGGCAUCGCGUCGGCGUGCUUCAUGGAUCGGAGCUCACACCCGCCGCCGUCGGCCGCCAGCCCGCGCGCCCGGCGCCGCCCCGCGCCGCCAGCCCACGCGCCUGCAGCUCGCGCGCCAGCCACCCCGCGCCGCCACCCCACGCGCCUGCAACUCGCGUGCCGCCACGCGCGCCAGCCGUGCCGCCAGCUCUACCUAUGCGGCGUUCCCGUGCCCGGCCGGAGUAUCAAUCGCAUGGCCUGCGCCGGCGCCGCACGGAAGGUCUCAGCGGUGCUCUACCACUACCCGUUCCCGGACGGCGCGUUCGCAGCGCUCGCCGCUCACCUCUAUUUUUCCGGCGCCGCCCACCCGGUUCGAUUCUUCCCCAAUACCAUCUACGACCCCAUCAGGAGUGAUUCACUUCCACUGGAAGAAAUAAAAGAUGUUUACCUUCUUGACUUUGUGGGACCUCCUGGUUUUGUUGAAGAUAUAGCCCCUAAAGUCGAAAGAAUAACAAUCCUGGACCAUCAUAAGACCGCUUUUGAAAGUUUGUGUGUGAAUGCCACCGCGGACCCUCAUCUCGUGGGGAUGUGCGGCGGCGCUGGGGAGUCGCCGUUUUACAUGGCGUCGGCGACCGGGUCCCUGGGGAUGCUGCGCGUGCUCUUAAAGACAUGUAGGGACGCGGAGGAGGAGCAAAAUUACAGUAUAUUGAGUGAAGUUGAUAUCAAGCGGCACCAAGAGGAUGACAUAAAUAGGGUUUCAACUGUUCUUUCAAUUUCCAAACCAGAGGCAUGUGUUCUUCUCCGCAACUAUAACUGGAGUGUUAGUAAGGUGCAUGACGAAUGGUUUGCUGAUGAAGAGCGUGUUCGGAAGGUGGUUGGUUUACCGGAGAAGCAUAUUGAAAUGCCAAAUGACAGAGAAAGGCCUAUAGCCCCAGUAGAUUUAUACAGAUCAAUAUGUGAUUCACAACUUAUUGGCCUGUCAGGAUACACAAAGGAGGGUCUCCCAAUUUUUGGCAUUGGUGUUGGGCAUAGCACAUAUGACAAAGCUUCGGUAAUUACUCUGAUGCUUGCUAUUUGUUUGGUAGGCUACAACUACAGCCAAAAUCAUAAAAGUGUCUGGUUUGAAGCUAUCAGCACUAAGCCAAAUAAAGGAUUCCGGCUCUCAUCAAGUGACUCCCCCUCACGUUGACUUUGCGAAUGUCUCAAUUCUAGUGGUGGAGCUACGAACAACAAUCUGAUGUCCUGAUCGAGAGCGAUGGAGUUAAUGUUUGAACUUGUGUGUUUGAACUUGUGAACUAAAAAUGUGAACUAUGUAUGUGAACUUGUGUGAAUUUGUGAACUUAUGUAUUUGGACUUAUGUGAAUUUGUGAACUUAUAUAUUUGGACUUGUGUGAAUUUGUGAUAUGAACAUAUAUCAAUGUGUUUGAAAUUUGUAUUGUAUGUGAUAUAUUGUGUUGCAUGUGAUA